AUGGUGCUGGCGAUGGCAAACCCGCAGCAGGGGUGCUUUCGAAGGAAGAGACCUUCCCAGCAGCAGAAAUCAGGGCAAGUAGGUUACGCUGGGUUCGUUGUGGGAGAGCUAGCUAGCGGAGAUGAAGGCGCUACAGAAGGGGCUGACCCCUGCGGGCAAGAGAAGGCCCUGGGACUUACCCCCUUCGCGGACGUCGAUGGCAUGACGCGCGACGAGUUUCGUACAAGAAUACGUCCUUGUGGACGAGGUUUAAUUGCUGUGGCUAAUGCUGGAAAAGAUGACAAUACUUUCCAAUUCCUCUUUAUUCUUGGUUCUACAUCAGAAUUGCAGGGUAAACAUGCAAUCUUUGGUAAAGUUACUGGAGAAACUAUAUAUAACAUGCUUACACUUGAAAAAGCACCUGUAGAUGAG